UGUGUCUAUAACUUUCUUCCAUGAAAUUUACAAGAUCUUGUCAAAAAGUAUCUAACGGUUAAGGGUUUCAUUCACAGAAUUUUCGAGGAUAUAAAAUUGCAUUAAUGUGUUUAUGUUAAUUAUAUUAAUAUAAUUAUAUAAUUAUGUUCGUAAAAUGUUAUGCGCGUGAAUUUAUUGACCUCCACGUUAUGUUAUGUUGUGUAUAUGGCAGUUUGUAGGAUUCUUAUGCGUAUAACCUUUUCAGUGUAAAUUAUACUAUUGGAUACAUUUUCUGAUUUUGUAGACGAAUUCAUUGAUUUCAACAAAUCAGUUUGAGUCUAUUUCAUGGUAGCCUGUUACAUGAUUAGUUUGAGGAACCAUGUCAUUGGAAAGUGUGUACCAGCGGACCACCACAGGAGCGUACCACAUGAUUGAAAAGCAGCUAGUUGCUUCUGAUAGGGUUAUGUGAUUUCUACUGAACUUCAUUUAAAUCACUAACUUCACGGAAGUGGUAUAUGUAGUGAUCAUAACAGGUUAUGAUAUGCGUAUGCAAACAUCCGAUAUUUAAAAGAAACAAUAUAAUUUUACAAAAACUAAUGUUUACUGGGUUGGCGUGAAGUAUAUACAGUAUUAAUAGAAAUGGAAGAAUUCAUGAAUAUCGAUUGGAAUCCUCCUUUGGAAGAUAUGCUUGAUAAUGUUUUUAUCAAUGAGGAGAGAAUGAUAGCAGAAAGUGUAAUGUAUAAAAUUAUGCGUGGAGGUUUCACGGAUCCAUUCGCAGAAUCAGAAUUUGAAGAUGAAACUGAUACUGAAAUAUCAGAUGAUAAGAUAAAUGAUGUGUCUAAAAAUAUUGACACUGGGACAAAUACAGUCUCAAACAAUAUAACUUUAGUUGUAAAAAAAGCUACCAAGAAACGUACAAAGUCCAAAAAGAAAGCAAAUGAUGUGCAAAAAAGACAGCAAAAUGCAGCAGCAUUGAAUGAAGAAUUGCAGUUGAAAAAUAAGAAGAGAAAAUAUGUUCCUGGAAUAGUUAGAUGCCCUAUAAAAUUUCCACGGCCAUCGUUUUUAACUAAAGAGCAGCAAGCCUUGUGUCUUCGCGUUUUGUUGAGGUUUUCUGGUUCGGAAAAACCAGAAGUCACUCAAACAAACCGAGAGGAAUUAGAAACAUAUAUUCAAUUAACAUCCUUAAUACAUAAAGAACAAGAAGAGUUUCUUCAGGUAGCUAAAAAACAUUGGGAUGGCAGCAACUUGAAAAUUGUUUGCGAAGAUUAUAUUAAUUGCCAUUGGCACAGUAAGAUUGAGAAUUUGAAAAAACUACCCAAAUAUUACAUUGAAGCUGGAGAUUUGGCUUUUGUAUCUGAGAAAAAAAUCGGUAUUCGAUAUGACAGGACGUUAUUAGAAAUGGGAACUAUACCUCGUGUAAUUUUGCCUACAUUUAUUACAUCAUAUAUAUUAAAUGUGAAUCAUAAAAGAUUAGAACAAAAUUAUCCCGUUAGAACUGAUAAAAAUAUUAUAGAACCUUCAUUGUCUUCCAAAAAUCCAGUAAGCCAAGAUCCAAAUUGUCAACUGCUGGCAGAAGCUAAUGACGUUGAUCUAGUUAUUUCUUCAAGUGGAUUAAAUUGUUUAUUAAUUAAUACUGGGCCAAACUAUAACAACACAUGGAUUCUACCGGUUGUCAUAAAACAAAAUAAAAAAGGCAAAAAUACUAUUUAUAUCGAUAAGCCAUUACCGCCUACAAUGCGUACAAUACCACAGAAAAAUUCCUGGGUAUUAAAAUAUAUUUUGAAAAGUCAUCUCGUUCACCCUAAUCAUCCAACUUCUCUUAGAUUGUCCAAGGAUCAAGAACAUCUUAAUAAUUAUGAUAAUCAUUUAGAUAGUUUAAAAUCUACAGAACUUUCAAGAAUGGAAGUAAAAAAAAAUGAUCAAGUGAACACAAAAAAACGAAAGCUCUCUGAAUCUGAUUUUGGAAAAAAUAUAAAUAAUGCAACCAAGAUACAAAAGACCUCAUUAGAUGGUUCUGUUAGAAGCAGUUCAAACGAAUCUACGUUGGAAAACAAAUUGCUUAAUUCCUUGCAAACCUCAAGAGCAGGAACAGUUUUUGGGAAAAGUACAACUUCUGAAAAUGAUUUACUAGUAGAAGAUGUGUCUAAGUUAGAAAAUUUAAAUAAUUUCACAGAACUAGUCAUUGACGCGGAACAAAAAAAGAUAGAGGAUUUUGCAGAACAAGAAUCUGAUAACAGGGAGGAUCAUUUAUCUCAAGAACUUCCGAAUCCGAAGCCAAACUCGAAUGUUGAAAGUACAACAAAGUUUUCCAAAAAUAUUGAUAUUAAGAAUAAAGAGCAAGUUGAGAAUGUAGAUUCCGAAACACAAAGAUUUCCGGAUGCAACAUCAGGAAGACAUAAUGUAUCUUAUAAAUUGUUCAGCAUCGGUACCAGUGAAGCAUCAGAAAGUGAAUUAUUAAAGAAUAAUCCAAAAGAUUACAAAAUUUUAUAUCGCUCUAAAAUAGAUGGAGUAGAGAAAUUACCGGAUGGGGAAAUGCAACUCGUAAUGCUGGCACCAAAAUUAGAACAUCAAGUAGCACUUGGUGCAGAAGCUGUAACAUUGGAAGAAGCCUUGAAACAAUGGAGUUCUCUUGUCUUUCGACCUGGCGCGGUUCUUAUUAGAGCAAGAAUAUCGGAGCAAUCCAAAGAAAUUUUGCAGCUAGAGAAACGUACGGCCAUAUCGAUAAACAAUGAAUUAAAAAGACUGUAUAACGUAAAAGUAGAAGAUUCAUUGGUCCUGCUCCACAAUGUGAUACAUACUUUAUCUGAAUUGCAACCUGGGCGUUACCUUUUAAGACACACAUUGCGAAACGGAGCCUUCGCCACGAUAUAUAAGGAGAUAGAAACUUCAGGGAAAAAGGUCCUUGAUUUGCAUUCUCUUUAUGCCGAUGAAGUAUUUCGUACAAUACCCAAUACACCAUGGCCUCUUUUGGAUAAAGUUGUCGUUACGCCAAUGCUUUCCUGUUUCGAGAGGAUGCCUGCAAUGUUCUAUCCUUCGCAAGGCCGAAAUGUGGGAAAGGAAAAGGGUAGUCCUUCAAAAAAUAAACCUACACAAAGCGGCGUGAGAAGGAGUCAGCGAAACAAGAUGAAAUAAUAUUCAAUUUCAGUUGUUAUAAACUUGGUAAAUUUUAUUUCAAUAAAUUAUUUAUGUUACGGCUUA